UAUCGGGAAGGCGAGAAGUCUGCUGCCGAGCUUAAAAGCAGGUUCAAAGCAGCGUUUUGCUCCUGCUCACUUGAAAGUUUUUGGUAAAUUAGCCAAUGUUCUCAAGACAGAGGAGAGUGACCAUGCUGAAGCCCUGAAGAUGUUCGGAGAAGCUUUGGCGGUGGACCAUAAUAGUGUAGAGGCACACAUUGACUAUGGCGAAUUCCUCCGUGAUCUAGGCAGACUGGAAGAUUCAAGGAGAAUUCUCCAGAAGGCACGUGCUCUGGACAACACUAAUGUAGUCUCUAACUUCAAUCUUGGUGUUCUCGGUCUGAAGGAAGAUAGGCUACAAGAUGCCGAGCGAUACUUCAAAGAAGUGCUUGAAAUCGACCCUGUCCAUGCUGCUGCACUGUACAACCUGGGAUUACUGUAUCACAACACAAAGCGCUAUUCUGAAUCCAUUGAAUACAUGAAAGUGCUGCAUUCAGCCGUUCCCGGUCACAUUGGUGCAAUUUUCAGCCUUGGUGUUGUUCAUCUUGAUCUCAACAUUCUUCCGGAAGCGCUGGACUACUUCAACCAGACCCUGCAGAUUAACAGCACUCAUGAAGAUGCCUUGUUCAACAUUGGCUUGACAUUAUCAUCAAUGCGCCGCUAUCCAGCAGCUCUCGACGCUGCUAAAGUCCUGUUGGAACACUAUCCGGAGCAUUUCAAAGGCGCUUUGCUAAUGGGUGAUGUCAAUAUGCACACAGGCCAAUAUGAAGAAGCCCUGAAGUCGUAUAAUGCUGGACUAGACAUUCGACCACAGGCCACUAUCGCUCUGCACAACAAAGCUAUCGCGCUGGCCCAUCUGGAACGCAACGUGGAGGCACACGCACUGAUGAAAGAAGUACUGGCCCUGGAGCCCACCUACCCCAACGCACAGAAGAACAUGAAAGCACUGAAACUCAAGGUAGAAAAUGACAGACAAAAGGCAACGGUGUAGUUUGCUUUGCUGAAUGGAAGUGUGUAUGUAAAGAAUGACGACUGAUCUUUUAAAACACAUUAAAAUGUGUUUCGUCCCAUGCUCUGAACAGCAUGUUGCCAGUUGAUUAUUAUUAGUUGCGUCCUUGUGAAGACACCUACCUAAAAGGAAUAUUAUUUAUUUGAUGAAUAGGAGAGAUCUGUUGUGCAUAAAUAUGUAGUUGAGAAUACAAACUAUGCGGAAUGGAAAGAUCAAAUUGAAUAAAUGUGUAAAAUCAAUCAAAUAUCUAUCUAUUAAAGAUGCAGAUAAACAAGCACUGCUAUUUCCUAUUGAUCAGAAGAUUAUAUUCCUGAAUUGAAUUAUUACUCACUAGAGGCAUCAGCGUAUUAUUCACUAGACAUAUAUCAAACUGAGACCUCACAGUGCGCCCUAUCCAGAAUUGCUAGAAUAGAAAUUCUCAUUUUUGUUUGAUUCGUUUCUUGUCAACUGCACAAGUUAUGGCAAGUAAAGAACAUAUAUUUCAUCACAAUGA